AUGACGUUGGUGCCGAAGGGGUGCGGUAGUCUCCACAAAUCCGUCACGUUCCUGGAACACACGAAUUCUGAUGGUGGCAUGGCAGUCACAGACGACCAACCAAAUCGAGUAAGCAGUUGGCUGACACCCACCAACCAAACUGAACUGCGCAGCUCCCUUGGUUUAGCACACUACUACUACUACCAUCGGAGCAUGGUCAAGGAAGUCGCCAAGAUCGCCGGUCCACCAUGCAAAGUGACGGAGAGUUCGACGACAACGGAGUUUCGCGGGGUAAACCAACACACCGAGGCGUUUAAGGUGCUGAAGCACACUCGCUGCACACCACCGAUACUAGCUGUGACCAACUUUGAGACCGAUGCUCCGCCUUUCGUGUUGGACACUGACGCAAGCCACAAAAACACAGCCGAACAUGCCCUCUUUUGUGCCAGCUCGCACUCAACCCGCAAGAUGAGACAAAAGAGCUCAACGUAA